UUUUUAUUUCAAGUCCAAAAUCAUCCUUUCACCAGAAAAGCAUGUACGAGCAAAAACUGAUCUUUAUUUACUGAAAAAAAAAACUACUUUCUCUGUUUGGACUGUGCGAGGAAAAGGUACAAAUGUUUAUGCGCUAGGGUCCAAUUCCUAAAAGUUAAUAACAUCUGUAGCAAAAGCUUGCAACCCCUUUCUUUUACCGCUUUUUGCUUAAAAGCCCAAAAAGAAAAGGUAAAGAGGCAAAAAAAAGGUCAGUUCUCUAAUAUUUUCCUGUAUAUAAAUUAUGGGAAAUGCAAAUGGGUUUGGGGUUCUGUAACAGCUACCGCUCUCAUAUCAGCGGUUUUCAUUGUUUCUGGAUUUGGUGUUGCAGCACAAGGCGGGCCUUGUUCAUGGUGGGUUUCUGAAUACAAGCUUGAUCUGAAAUUUGUUCCCUGUGGGAAAAGAAGAGUUCGUAGGUUGUCAAGAUGGGUGAGAAGCCUGAAGCUUUGGAUGCUGUUCUUAAGGAAACUGUGGAUUUGGAAAACAUUCCCAUUGAGGAAGUUUUUGAGAAUUUGAGAUGCACGAGAGAGGGCCUUUCUAGUGAGGGUGCUCAGGAGAGAUUAGCCAUUUUUGGACACAACAAACUUGAGGAGAAGAAGGAGAGCAAAUUCCUCAAGUUUUUGGGGUUUAUGUGGAACCCUCUUUCAUGGGUUAUGGAAGCUGCCGCUAUAAUGGCUAUUGCUCUUGCUAAUGGAGGAGGUAAGCCUCCAGAUUGGCAGGAUUUUGUGGGUAUCAUAACGUUACUCGUGAUAAACUCCACUAUUAGUUUUAUUGAGGAGAACAAUGCUGGCAAUGCAGCAGCUGCCCUCAUGGCCCGUCUCGCUCCAAAAGCAAAAGUUUUGAGAGAUGGAAGGUGGAAUGAGGAAGAGGCAUCGAUUUUGGUGCCUGGUGAUAUCAUCAGUAUCAAACUAGGUGAUAUAAUUCCGGCUGAUGCUCGUUUGCUUGAGGGCGAUCCACUAAAAAUCGACCAGUCUGCUUUGACGGGCGAGUCCCUUCCUGUAACAAAGGGACCAGGUGACGGUGUAUAUUCUGGCUCGACUUGCAAACAGGGAGAGAUUGAGGCUAUUGUUAUAGCUACUGGGGUCCACACGUUUUUUGGAAAGGCGGCACACCUUGUCGAUAGCACUAAUCAAGUGCUUACCUCAAUUGGAAACUUCUGCAUUUGCUCGAUUGCGGUUGGCAUGAUCAUCGAGAUUAUCGUGAUGUACCCUAUUCAGCACAGAGCAUACCGUCCUGGGAUAGACAAUCUUCUCGUGCUCCUCAUUGGUGGAAUUCCUAUUGCUAUGCCAACUGUACUUUCGGUCACAAUGGCCAUUGGUUCUCAUCGCUUGGCACAACAGGGAGCUAUUACAAAGAGAAUGACGGCUAUAGAGGAGAUGGCUGGCAUGGACGUGCUUUGCAGCGAUAAGACGGGAACUUUGACUCUGAACAAGCUUACUGUUGACAAGAAUCUGAUCGAGGUUUUCGCGAAAGGUGUUGAUUCAGACACAGUUGUAUUAAUGGCAGCUCGAGCUUCGAGGACCGAAAAUCAAGAUGCUAUAGAUGCUGCUAUAGUUGGGAUGCUGGCCGAUCCAAAGGAGGCACGAGCUGGCAUUCGAGAAAUUCACUUCCUUCCUUUUAACCCAACUGACAAGCGGACAGCUUUGACUUACAUAGAUGGUCAAGGAAAAAUGCACAGGGUCAGCAAAGGUGCACCCGAGCAGAUUCUGCACCUUGCACACAAUAAGUCAGAGAUCGAGCGAAGAGUUCAUGCUGUGAUUGACAAAUUUGCCGAAAGAGGUCUGAGAUCGCUUGCAGUGGCAUACCAGUUCAUUGGUCUAAUGCCCCUCUUUGAUCCUCCGAGACACGACAGUGCAGAAACCAUAAGAAGGGCUUUAAAUCUCGGAGUCAAUGUCAAAAUGAUAACUGGCGAUCAGCUAGCAAUCGGAAAAGAAACUGGACGAAGGUUAGGAAUGGGAACUAACAUGUAUCCCUCUUCGGCUUUACUUGGACAGAACAAGGAUGAAUCAAUUGCUGCUCUUCCAGUUGAUGAGCUCAUCGAGAAAGCUGAUGGUUUUGCCGGUGUCUUCCCUGAGCACAAAUACGAAAUUGUGAAGCGGCUGCAAGCUAGAAAACACAUAUGUGGAAUGACUGGUGAUGGAGUAAACGAUGCUCCUGCUUUAAAAAAGGCCGAUAUUGGAAUUGCUGUGGCCGAUGCAACUGAUGCUGCUAGAAGUGCUUCAGACAUUGUUCUUACCGAGCCUGGACUCAGUGUGAUUAUAAGCGCCGUGUUAACUAGUCGAGCAAUAUUCCAGAGAAUGAAGAAUUAUACGAUUUAUGCUGUCUCUAUUACGAUUCGUAUAGUGGUUGGUUUCAUGCUGUUAGCCCUCAUAUGGAAGUUUGACUUUCCCCCUUUCAUGGUGCUUAUCAUUGCAAUUCUCAAUGAUGGUACCAUUAUGACCAUAUCAAAAGAUAGAGUGAAACCAUCUCCACUGCCAGACAGCUGGAAGCUUGCCGAGAUAUUUGCAACGGGUGUCAUUCUUGGUGGUUACCUGGCAAUGAUGACCGUCAUUUUCUUCUGGGCCGCUUACAAAACUAAUUUCUUUCCGCAUGUAUUUGGUGUGUCGACACUUGAGAAAACAGCACAUGAUGACUUUCGGAAGCUUGCUUCAGCUAUAUAUCUUCAAGUGAGCACUAUCAGCCAAGCCCUAAUAUUCGUCACAAGGUCUCGAAGCUGGUCAUAUGUCGAACGUCCCGGUUUGCUGCUUGUGGCAGCAUUUGUGAUUGCCCAACUGGUUGCUACACUUAUCGCGGUAUAUGCAAAUUGGAGUUUUGCAGCAAUUGAAGGAAUAGGUUGGGGUUGGGCAGGCGUGAUUUGGCUCUAUAAUAUCAUUACUUACAUUCCACUCGAUAUAAUCAAAUUCUUGAUCCGCUACACGCUCAGUGGAAAGGCUUGGGAUCUUGUUCUUGAGCAAAGGAUUGCAUUCACAAGGCAAAAGGAUUUCGGGAAAGAGCAGCGUGAGCUCAAAUGGGCUCAUGCACAGAGGACCCUUCACGGGCUGCAAGUGCCCGACACUAAAUUGUUUAACGAGACAAACAAUUUCUCGGAGCUUAAUCAAUUGGCUGAGGAAGCUAAAAGAAGGGCUGAGAUUGCAAGGCUAAGGGAAUUGCACACGCUAAAAGGUCAUGUUGAGUCUGUGGUGAGGCUGAAGGGUCUCGAUCUAGACACAAUUCCGCAAGCUUACACCGUAUGAGGAGAGAGAAAAAAAAACCUAUGUCUGAUGGUGGCUUUGUGAUUGCACCCAAUCUUUUGGAAUCGAGCUAUUUGUCUCUCGUUUCAGCUAUAUAUGAGUACAUAUACUAGAUGCGGCAAGAUUUGGAUUAGCUUAUGAAAAACUUGCACCUGCUAGAUAAUUGUACUUCAAUUUAUGUGAAUCGUGUUUCUUCAGCUUUUGAGUCCCUUCUCGUUCUUGUAACUUGUUAUCGACAUUUGGGAUUAUGUAUGGUUACUUAUGUUAGAAAUCGAUGUUUAUGCAAUAUGUAAUGCCUUUCAUUAGCGUGCCCGAUUUGUUUGUUAUUCGAUUCCCUGAAGCUCUGCUCUUUGCUGUGCAUUGCUUAAGCAAAUGGUAGAUUUUGCUCACAAUUUCAUAUAACCAGUGGUUCAGUACAUUAUGGUUAGAUAACCCAUGGACCAACCCGUUGUUUUUAAAAGCUGUGUUGUAUCGGGCUUUAAGACGCUAUAGCGCAAAUUUGUUCGUAAACGCGAUAUAAUAUUUUAGAUAUUGCUUUUUUCCUGAAAAAUCCUACCUAAUUCUACCGAUCAAACCGAACGCCGAUCGACUUUGUCAGUCUCCAUCUAUACCUCGAUUGCAUUGUUCCCCUCCCCCUUGUAUUUGUACCACCGAGCACACACCAAAAAGUACCCGAAGUUGAACGCGCACAAAACCGCAACCAAAUAGUAGAAAUAAUCCAACCUCCCCUUGUUCAGAUCCUCCGGUAGCCAGUUCCCGCCCGACGACCCCUCGGUCACCCGGUGAACGACUGUUAUCAACAAGCCGUACGCGUAGUUCGAUAUCGCCGCAUUGCAGAAGAAAACUGCGCCCGCGAACCCCCUCAUGUUCUCCGGGAGCUCCUUGUAGUAAAACUCGAGCUGCCCGAUCGCGUUGAACGCCUC